AUGGCGGAGAUAGGUCAAGAAUCGGUGGAUUUUUCGACUCUGGUGAGUCGAGCUGCAGAGGAAUCAUACCUUUCUUUAAAGGAAUUGGUGGAGAAAUCGAAAUCUUCUGAAAUGUCGGAUUCUGAAAAGAAGAUUAGCAUACUCAAGUAUCUUGUUAAGACUCAGCAGCGUAUGCUCCGACUCAAUGUUCUCGCGCAGUGGUGCCAACAGGUACCACUGAUACAAUAUAGUCAACAACUUGCAUCAACGCUGUCAAGUCAUGAAACAUGCUUCACUCAAGCUGCAGAUUCAAUGUUUUUCAUGCACGAGGGACUACAACAAGCUCGUGCUCCAAUUUAUGAUGUUCCAUCUGCCAUUGAAGUUCUCCUUACAGGCACAUACCAACGUUUGCCAAAGUGCACAGAAGAUGUAGGCAUCCAAACCACAUUAACCGAGAAACAACAGAAACCUGUAUUAAAGAAAUUAGACACCAUAGUCAGAUCAAAACUACUCGAAACACCACUUCCCAAAGAGUUCACAGAAGUCAAGAUCUUUGAUGGAACAGUCCAUCUUUUUGUCCAAGGAGAGUUUAAGGUACUACUAACCCUUGGCUACCGUGGGCACCUUUCAAUGUGGAGAAUCUUGCAUUUAGAAGUACUUGUUGGUGAGAGAACUGGUUUAGUUAAGCUUGAAGAAAUGAGACGAUUUGUUCUUGGAGAUGAUUUGGAACGCAGAAUGGCAGCUUCUGAUACUCCAUUUGCAACUUUGUAUUCUAUUUUACAUGAAUUCUGUGUAGCUCUUAUUAUGGAUACUGUUAUAAGACAAGUUCAAGCACUAAGGGCAGGUAGAUGGAAAGAUGCAAUUCGGUUUGAACUCAUAUCUGAUGGUAGUUCAAGUCAAAGUUCUAUACAACUUGGUCAAGAUGGAGAGACUGAUUCUGGUGGUUUAAGGACUCCAGGGUUAAAGAUUCUUUACUGGUUGGAAUGUGAGAAGAACAGUGGGACAUCAGAUGCGGGUUCUUGUCCUUUUAUUAAGAUUGAACCAGGGUUAGACUUGCGGAUAAAGUGUCUACAUAGUUCAUUUGUCAUUGACCCUUUGACUAACAAGGAGGCAGAGUUUUCAAUUGACCAGAGCUGUAUUGAUGUUGAGAAAUUGCUGCUAAGAGCUAUAUGCUGUAAUAAGUAUACUCGUCUGCUUGAAAUUUAUAAAGAGUUGGGGCAAAAUAGUCAUAUUGGUCGAGCUGCAGGUGAUGUUCUUCUUCACACCCCAGUUGAUUCACCUGUUGAUGAGUACGAAAAGGACAACCAGUCAGAAUCUGAAGGACAGGAAGUACUACGUGUCCGUGCCUAUGGUUCAUCAUUUUUUACACUUGGAAUAAAUAUAAGGAGUGGGAGGUUUCUUCUUCAUUCAUCAAGAAGUACAGUUACAUCUUCAGCCUUAAGAGAAUGUGAGGAAGCACUAAAUCAAGGAAGUAUGACUGCAGCUGAAGCUUUCAUAAGCUUGAAAAGCAAAAGCUUACUUCAUUUAUUUGCAUGUAUUGGGAGGUUUUUAGGACUCCAGGUGUUUGAACACGGUUUUUCUCCAGUGAAAGUACCAAAACAAAUCUUAAACAGCUCCAACAUGCUUCUCAUGGGAUUCCCAGAUUGUGGGAGCUCUUAUUUCCUCCUAAUGCAACUCGAAGACAACUUUACCCCUAUUUUCAAGCUCUUAGAAACUCAACCAGAUCCAUCUGCAAAACACGAACCUUCUGGUAUCUCAAAUCUUGUCACACGUGCUAAAAACAUUGAUAUAAAUCAAAUGCACAUUCUUGAAAGUCAACCCAGUUUGACCCUUUCCCUAACAUCUGACCCCACUUCUGAUCAUACUCUUCUUUCUGAUUUGGGCAAUGAAACCUCUGCUUCUGCUUCUGCUUCUUCUUCUGGUCUUUUAUCGGUUUUUUCUUCUAUUGUGGAUGAAGUUUUUGACCAAGAAAGACGGUCAACUGCCCCUGGCUUUCCUGUUCAGACUUUUGUUAUGAAGAAACUUUCUGAUCAAGAUUCGGCUUCUAGAUCUCCACAUUCUGGUUUUAGAAAUUCUGUUGCUGGAACUUCAGCCUCACUAUCAGACUCUCCAAUCAGAUAUGAUCCCGGAUCAAGAAAACGUGCUUUAUUAGACAUGUUAGACUUACUCCCAUCACUCAAACCCUCAGAAACCCUUGAAGAACCCUCAAAAAGAAGGAAAAUUACCAAAAACCCCUCGGGGACACUCAGCAACAUGGAAAAAUACCGAUACGUAAACCUUAUAGCGGAAGCAAACAAAGGAGAUGCCCCAUCAAGUAUUUACGUUUCUGCCCUUCUUCACGUAGUCCGCCAUUGCUCUCUCUGCAUCAAACACGCCCGUUUGACCAGUCAAAUGGACGCCCUCGACAUUCCAUACGCUGAAGAAGUGGGCCUACGAAACGCAUCUUCAAACAUAUGGUUUCGACUCCCCUUUGCCCGAGGUGACACAUGGGAACAUAUUUGCUUGCGCUUGGGCAGCCCGGGCAGCAUGUAUUGGGACGUGAAAAUCAACGAUCAACACUUCAUGGACUUGUACGAACUUCAAAAGGGCAGCUCGGGCAACUCGGGCAGCUUUACCAUGCCUUGGGGUUCGGGUGUUAGGAUUGCGAAUACUUCCGAUAUUGAUUCGCAUAUUCGGUAUGAUUCCGAUGGUGUUGUGUUGACUUAUAAUUCGGUUGAAUCCGAUAGUAUUCGAAAGCUGGUUGCUGAUAUUGAAAGGCUAGCGAAUGCUCGGACUUUUGCUUUGGGAAUGAGGAAGCUACUUAUUGAUUCCGAUGAGAAAGACGAAAGCCGAAGUAAUUCCGAUUCCGGAGUUGGGAAGUAUCCGGAACAGAUGAGGAGGGCGUUUAAGAUUGAGGCCGUUGGGUUGAUGAGUUUGUGGUUUAGUUUUGGUUCCGGAGUUCUUGCAAGGUUUGUAGUGGAAUGGGAAUCGGGUAAAAAUGGAUGUACAAUGCAUGUUUCACCUGAUCAGCUUUGGCCUCAUACAAAGUUUUUGGAGGAUUUCAUCAAUGGGACGGAAGUUUCAUCUCUUUUGGACUGCAUCCGUCUGACAGCGGGACCCUUACAUGCCCUAGCAGCUGCAACACGUCCUGCCCGAGCUGCCCCUGUUUCUGGGGUCCCCAACACUGCACCUUCUUCAUCUCUCUCAAAACCAAACACAUACAACAACACUUCUUCACCUGCCGCCACAAAUCUCGGAACCCACACGGCGGCCAUGUUAACCGCCGCCACAGCCGCCGCCCGCGGCGGCCCCGGAAUCGUCCCGAGCUCUCUUCUACCAAUCGAUGUCUCGUUUGUUCUCCGUGGCCCGUAUUGGAUCCGAAUAAUAUACCGGAAAUAUUUCGCGGUGGACAUGCGGUGUUUCGCUGGAGACCAAGUCUGGCUGCAACCCGCCACCCCACCGAAGGGUGGCCCUACCGCCGGAGGGUCGCUACCUUGUCCCCAAUUCCGACCCUUCAUCAUGGAGCACGUUGCUCAGGAGUUAAACGGUUUAGACCCGAAUAAUUUCUCGGGUCAAGGAUCGACGAAUUCCAGUUCCGGUUUGAAUGGAAACAGAGUGAGUCCCGCCGGAAUCGCGCGUUCCGGGGUUCAACCGUUUAGUCGGGGUGCAACCGCGAUGCCGACAUCUUCGGGUUUAGGGAGCCCGGGAUUGGGGUUACGUAGGGCGCCUGGGGCGGUUGUUCCGGCUCAUGUUAGGGGGGAGCUGAAUACUGCUAUUAUCGGACUCGGUGAUGAUGGUGGUUAUGGUGGUGGGUGGGUCCCACUUGUUGCUCUUAAAAAGGUUCUUAGAGGGAUCCUCAAGUACCUUGGAGUUUUAUGGCUGUUUGCUCAGUUACCUGAGCUAUUGAAGGAGAUUCUCGGAUCCAUUUUGAAGGAUAAUGAAGGUGCACUGUUGAAUUUGGAUCAAGAGCAACCCGCUUUGCGCUUUUUUGUGGGUGGGUAUGUAUUUGCAGUGAGUGUCCACAGAGUCCAACUUCUUCUCCAAGUUUUAAGUGUAAAACGCUUCCAUCAUUCCCAACAACAACAAAACCAAAACCAACAACCAAACGCAAUCACAGCCCAAGAAGAGCUCACCCAAUCAGAAAUCAGCGAAAUCUGCGACUACUUCAGCCGCCGGGUCGCGUCGGAACCCUACGACGCGUCCCGUGUCGCCUCCUUCAUCACCCUCCUGACCCUCCCAAUCUCUGUCCUCCGCGAAUUCCUCAAACUCAUCGCGUGGAAAAAAUCCCUCGCGUCCCAGUCAGCAUCCGACACCCCGCCAGCUCAGCGAUCGCGAAUCGAACUCUGCCUCGAGAACCACACCGGAGUUGAGGCUCUGUCGCCGGAGAACGCAACCGGAAAUGGAAACGGAAACGGAAACUCUCCGGCGACGAAAAGUAAUAUACAUUAUGACCGGGGGCAUAAUGCGGUUGACUUUGGGUUGACGGUGGUGCUUGACCCGGCGCUUAUCCCACAUAUAAAUGCCGCUGGUGGUGCCGCUUGGUUGCCGUACUGUGUGUCGGUGAGGUUGAAGUAUUCGUUUGGGGAGAAUCCGAAUGUUGGGUUUCUUGGGAUGGAAGGGAGUCAUGGUGGGAGGUCGUGUUGGGUGAGGGUGGAGGAUUGGGAGUAUUGUAAGCAGAGGGUGGUCAGGACGGUGGAGAUGAAUGGUGGUGGUGGUGGUGAUGGGAGUCAGGGGAGGUUGAGGGUGGUGGCGGAUAAUGUUCAAAGAGCACUUCAUAUGUGUCUUCAAGGGUUGCGGGGUGGCGGUGUUGGUGGCGGUGGUGUUGGUGGAGGGAAUGUGACAUGACUGGAGAUGUGAUUUGGGUUGUUGGUUUGUUUGGUUGCUUACAUGUAGGGUAAAAGUUUUCCCUUUGUAUAGUGUGACUGUUUUGUUGUGUUUGUAUAAACAUUUUGUGUUUUUCCACCAUUUUGAACAAUAACAAAUAGUAGGUUUUUGCUGCUUUCAAGUGUCAUUCAAAGUAGAUAGUUAUUAGUAUGUUCUGAUAGGGUUUACUUUUAUUUAUAUAGAAAUAUUUGGUAAAAUUAGUUGCAUUUUUUUUUCAGAAAUAUGUAAUAUUAAAUAAGAUAAAAAUAAUAGGGUUUUGUUUUGGUCCAAAA